CCUAAAGACAUGGGAAGAUUGAUCAACUUGCAAUAUCUCAAUAUCAGGAACACGAAGUUGGCGCUGAUGCCACCAGGAAUGGAAAAUUUGGAAAAUCUCCGGAUAUUAACAGAUUUUGUUUUAGGCAAGCAAAAUGGUUCAAGCAUUAAUGAGUUGGGAAAGCUCGAGCAUCUAUGUGGAAGACUUGCCAUUUCGGGUUUACAAAAUGUAGCGUGUGCAAGGGAUGCCAAAGAGGCCAAUUUGAAGGGUAAGAUGAAGCUUAAGGAGUUGGAGUUGAUGUGGGGUCAAGAUGAUCAUGUUGCUGAUGAUUCAAAGCAUGAUAGAGAAAUACUUCAACAACUGGAGCCUUAUACAAACUUGGAGCAUCUUGUCAUUAGCUUUUACAGAGGUACAAGAUUUCCAGAAUGGGUGGGGCAUGCUUCAUUUUCAAAUGUAGUUUCUUUGCUCUUAAGCCAUUGUAAAUUUUGUCUCUCCUUGCCACCGCUUGGGCAAUUAUCAUCCUUGAAAUCUCUCUCCAUUAUAGGGUUUGCCGGAGUAGUAACUGUCAGUGAUGAGAUUUAUGGGCACUGUGAUGCGUUGAGUAAACCAUUUGGAUCUCUUGAAACUCUAAGAUUUGAGGAUAUGCCUGAGUGGGAAGAAUGGAUUUGUUUAAAAGAAGAAGCCUUUUUGCUUCUCCAAGAGCUACACAUUGAAGAUUGUCCCAAGUUAACCAAGUUUCUACCAAAGCACCUUCCCUCUUUAAUGAAGCUUAAUAUUUUAGGAUGUCAGAAGCUUGGAGGUUUGCUUCCUAGGGCACCAAGAAUCUCUGAACUUAAUUUGCUGGAAUGUGACACAUUGCAAUUGGAGCAGAUGUUGCAACAUUGCACUCAUCUUGAAAAGUUGGCUAUACAGGAUUGUUCUGAUCUCAGAUCACUUCCUGAAGGUGCACUACCCACUACGCUAAAGGAACUGAGUAUCAAUGGUUGUGAUGACUUGGAUUAUUCCAAAAUCCACUUGUAUACAUCCCUUGAAUCCUUGAAAAUAGAAGGUGGGUGUCAUCCACUAGAAUCUUUCCCAUUAGGGUCAUUCCCUAAGCUUAAACAUGUUUAUUUCUCCGACUGUGAAGAGCUGAAGUCAAUUCCUUCAUUGGAGGGCCAUCACCAGCAUCUUGCAUGUCUCAAUUCUUUGGAUAUCCAUUCUUGCCCCAAUUUUAUAUCCUUUCCCGAAGUGGGAUUAUCUGCCACCAAUUUGACCAUACCUGUGGUUUCAGCGUGCAUGAAUUUAAAGUCAUUUCCGGAGCAAAUGCACUCCCUCUUCCCAUCCCUUAAAUAUUUGGGAAUAGCCUAUUGUCCAGAAAUGGAGUCAUUUCCACAACAGGGUUUACCCUCCAAACUAAAAACUGUUGUAAUUGAAAAAAGUGAUAAACUAAUUGUGAGCAUGAAAAGGAGGGAAUGGAGUCUGCAAGCACUCCCUUCACUUACAGAGUUCACAAUCAUAGGUGCAGAAGAGAUAGAGUUUUUUCCAGAUGAACAUCUGUUGCCUUCUUCUCUUACCCAUCUUUACAUAUUGGAUCUUCCAAAACUUAAGUCAUUGGACUAUAAGGGCUUUCAACACCUCACCUCUCUUCACCAAUUGUAUAUCCAGAAAUGUCCGAUGCUCCAAUCCAUGCUUCCAAAGAGGCUCCUUACCUCUCUUUAUCAUCUACACAUUUACGAAUGUCCAUCAUUGAGAGAACAUUGCAAAAAGGGGAAAGGUGAAGAUUGGUCUGCGAUUUCCCAUAUCCCUGCCAUUCGGAUUGAUGAGGAACUCAUUAUGUAGCAGGAUCCAAAGGUCUCAAAGGCUCUCUUUGCCAUAAUUAAUGCAAUCUAACUCAGCCUGCCAGGAUCGUUCUUUCAAAUAUCAGUUGCACAUUCUGAUUUAUGAUUCCCAUCCAAAUGAAGUUCUUCUUGCAUGAUUUGCUUUAGUCUGGAGCUACAGGAGCUCAUUUAUUCCAUCCCAGAAUUAUCCACAUUAAAGUUUUUGAUGGUUCAAUGGCUUUGCGUCUAGCUUUGUGUAUUUCACUUGAAAUUUGAAUUUCCUUUAGCUGCGAAGAUGAUGUGCACAAAUUUCAAAUCAAAAAAGAAUAAGGACUUCAACUCCUUCGUCUCUUGUGUAGAAUGAAAUCAGUGACUCUCAUAUCCUCCAGUUCAUACCAGAAUCCCUGUCUUCCUUUCUAUGAAUAUUCAGUUCAAGGGUUAGUCAAACAACUUGGACAGCUGCAUCUUUUCAAAGAUCUCUCCAUUUGAGGGAUUUCCUGUCUAGCAACUGUGGAUUCUAACUUCUAUGGGAACAGGAUUUUUCUGAAGACAAAUGAAGAAUGUGGCAGCAUUCUCUCAUCUUGAAGAACUUUACUUAAGGCUGUCCUAAGCUUAUCAAGGUCUUACCCUUUUGAUGAAACUUCAGAGUAAGGAAUGGAGGCAGAUUAUGGUUAUGAGUUAACUUCCAAUUGCAUCAAUCUGUGAAUUGGAGUAAGCUGAAUUUGGUUUGCUGCCUUUUGAGGGACUGCUUUGUGGAAUGAGGAAUCUCCUCCCUCGUUCCACUCCUGCCAAAGAGUAAAUAAGAUAAAUCUGCAUGAUGAGGUGUAAAUAAGAGAAUGCAAUAAUCCCAGGUCAAGCAACGAGUAUAGCAUCAUUCAUAUGACGAGUUGGAUAGCUCCCUACUUCUCUCUGGUUUUUUUGCAACAAGUUUGUGUUAGCUACUGUGAUCAAUAAGCAUGGCAUCAACCUCAAAUUUGUUGCAAUCUUUCUAAAGACUUGCUGGCAUGUUCCGUUUAACACCUUUCUCAUUUGGUCUAACUUAGAAGUUGAAGAAAGAGAGGAUUUAUUGCCAAUGACACCUUUGUCUGCAAAACAACAGCUUAAAGUGUUCACAACAGAUCAAUGAAAAUUUUAUGUUAUUCACCUUUCAUGAAUGUUCUUGGAUUUGAUAAUCAAUUCAUACCAGAAACAAGGAUGUUAAUAUUGCAUUGUUUCCUUCAGAUUAAGAAAUCGUUCUUUGCUUUUGGUUUCUAGAGGGAGGAUGGCUAUAUUGCACUGCCCAAUUCUCUGGAAAAUGAACAGUCUUGUGAUCUAAUGACUUAAGCUGGACAGGUCAUUGUUCCUUUCCUUCAUAAGUUUUCUUUGAGAGACCACUCGAAUCAAAGUAACUUGAAUUUCUCUCUCCAUUGCACAAUAGCCUGCGGAUUGCAAGGGAAUACUGGAUUUCAUCCUGGAAGAGGUGCUCAACCUUUCCAGAAUCGCCAGCCAGCUGAUCACAGAAAACUUUGCUACGUGAAAUGGAAACCAGAUCAGCUUGUGCCAGGACACUUUGUUUUGUUUAUGCCUUAGAUGAUUCCAUGUAUCAGCAAUAUUAAAUUACCAGAUUUUGAGGCCAUCCAUACAAUACCAUCUGUUCCACCAUCUUCUGGGAUGAGCAGCAUUGCUUUUGCUGUAUCUCUUAGUUUGAGAAUCUUCCUCCAGCUCCAGCUGCAUAUCCUUGGUACACUGCUUGCCAGGUAUUAUGUGAGGAAUGCCUCAUCACUUGCUUCCUGCUGCGUUUGAAAUCCUGUUGCAAAUUUGAGUUGAUUAUUAUCAUUUAUUUGAGUUUCUUCCACAUCCAUAUUUACUUUGUUGUAGAGCUAAAAAAGAAGUUUGCUUUCUUUGUGAUAUGGGUACCAAUCACAUGAAAAAUUCAAGAGGUCUACUACUGGCCACGGAGUUUGAAUGUCUUUCCAGCAAGUUCAACAUGCUUUAUUUCAAAUUUGGGCUUGUCAAACCAACAUAGAGGACAAUAUUACAUUUUUGGUAAAAUUGGUGAAUGAUAAGGAUAUCAACUCCUUGCCUAUUUUUAAACUAUAGGAGGUUUAAUUUCGCACACUUUGUGUCUUAACAUGUGAACAUUGUCCUCUGCUUCAAGCAAAUUUGGACAUUUAAUUUUUCACAAUUCUGAAAUUAUUUGGUACGGUUGCACUGACUUUAUAGUAUAUUCAUUUGGUCCUUUGUAGGUUAUCCAUGAAGAAUAAGGUGCAAAGGCCAUUCAUUCCCUGAAGUGAGAUAGGCAGAGAUUGGCAUCAAGUACAUGCGUAACAAGUAUUAAUUGUUGUCAAAGUGGAAAACAGAUGAAUGGUCUGUUUCUUCGCUUCACUAUGACACUAUUUGUAGAAAACAACAAUUUAAAGUGUUCUCAACUAUGAGAUCAAUGAAAAUUUUAAAGCUGUUGACUUUUCUUUAAGGUUCAUUGAUUUUGAUAUCACUUCAUACCAGAAAUAGGAUGUUAAAAUUGCUUCGUUUCCAGCAGAUUAAAAAUUGUUCUUGUGGUUUCUAGAGGAAAAGUGGGCAAGUUUUCCUUCAGGUGCACAUUGAACCCACUGUAUUAUCACUUGGCACAACUAUGGCUACCAUUGAUGCUUUUCUCCGUUAGUGCUGGAAGUUUUGUUUCCAUAACAUUAACGCUUUUUGGGGAAAAAAAAUGAACUGCAGCUAAUGAUCUUCAGUGAUUGUGAAUUGUGUUCCAGGCUGGGUCCAAUUGCUAUUUGAGGUAUGCUUCAUCAGUUGCUUCUUGUUACGUCCGGGAAAUUUGUUGCAAAUUUUCAUGUUAAAGUUAGUUAAGUUCUUUCUGCAUCCAAGUCUACUUUUAUUUGGAGCUGACAAAGAAGCUGUGAUUUUUCAAGAUUUAUUCGCCAUGCAAAUUUCAAAUGGUCUACUACCUGCUACAGCUACAAGUUGAAUCCCUUCGCAGCUAGUUCGAAAUUUGGCUUGUCAAAGCAAACAUAGAAGCUCAUCUUACGUUGUUCACUGACUUCAUUUCGGCGAAUAUAAAUAGGACAUCGGUUCUUUGGAUUUUUGAACUAGAAGAGGUCAAUAACAAUCACAACCUCCAGUUCCAACCACACUGGCCUUCUCAAAACACAAGGACAGCGCCAACACAUUCAACAGAAGGGAUGGCAACUGAAAUUGAAAUGCUUAUGUGAUGCAUGGAAGGGCAAAUCUUGCUCUUGAUCUUGAUGGAGUUUUUUCUUUUUCUCAAGGCAUCCAUCCAGUACUUUACUUCACAUAAUUCGCCUUUUUUAUUGUUAAUUGCUUGUAAAACGGCCCAUAGAUGGGUAGCCCAACCAUUCAGAAAUAGAAAUUGCUAUAAGCCAAAACUUCCCAGUUUUUACUUGGGUAAAUAGCAAAGACAAUAUAAAAGACAAACACAUGCAAUGUUAAUUUGAAAA